CAAACUAGUAAACUACGUGUGGUAUUAGUAAAAAAAACUGUUUGUCUUUAUCUUAUUCUUAAAAUAUUUAGUUUUAAUUUGGAUGCAGUUUAAUCUUGUUUUUCCGUAAAAACUAUACUAAACUAAUUAAUGAUAUGAAUGAAUUUAUGUACUUAUUGACUUGUAUGUACAUUUUACAUACAUAACACGACCUCGAUAAACAUAGUUAAUCUAAACUAAUAGACUAAUUAUAUAUAUGUACCAUGUCUAAUCAAAACAAAUAUGGACUCAUAUUACGAGAUCAAUCAAAAUCGAAAUUAAAUUUUGAAGCUACUCGUAAUGUUUUUGGCAGUGAUGGAGAUUCUGAUGAUGAUAAAGGAACAAAACCGGUUUUAUUGAAGCCAAGUGCUAAUAUUAACAGACAGUCUAAAGUUGCACAAGAAAAAGCUAUCAUAGAAGAUCCUACAGUUUAUCAAUAUGAUGAAAUAUAUGAUUCAAUGUCUAAAGAAAAACUAACUAAGAAGAAAAAAACACAAGAUGAAAAAAAGCCAAGGUACAUAGAAAAUUUACUCAAAACUGCCAACAAAAGGAAAUUAGAAAAUGAACGGCGAAUUGAACGCCAGAUUCAAAAAGAGAGAGAAAAGGAAGGUGAUGAAUUUGCAGACAAAGAAGUAUUUGUCACAUCAGCUUAUAAAAAGAAGCUGGAAGAAUUAAGACAAGAAGAAGAAAAAGAAAAAUAUGAGGACUUUUUGGAAAGUGUGGGUGAUGUAACUAAGCAGGGAGAUUUAGGUGGAUUUUAUAGACAUUUGUAUGAGCAAAAAUUGGGAAGUAAAAAAAUUGAGCAUAGUGAAAGUAAUACCAAGGGUAAUAAAAAUGAAUCGCAAGAAAGUAUUAUUGAUAAAACAGAAACUACAACAUCUGAAACGUCUAGUAAGCAACAACAAAGCAAGCAAAGAAAUUACAGGAAAAGGAAAGUUUCAAAUGAUAUAAAAUUAUCUGAAGGAGAAAUUGAAGACUCAGGAGAUGAAAUAAAGUUCUCUAAUCUUGAUGAUAUCAGAACAUUUAAGAGAACGAAAGCUGUAAACGAAAAUAUUGAUGCGGAUUCAGAUUUUUCUAUUGACGAGUCUAGCGAUGAAGAGCCUAAUCAUAAAAAAGAUGACAUUACGCCUGAGGCAACAAGUAUUGAGAAAUCUAAGGCAAAAGAAAAUGAUGCAAAGAUCCCUAAUAAAGAAGUUUUACCUGUUGAAAAGAAAGAAUUAGAAAAACCCGAAAUUAAAAUUGAUAUAUGGAAGAAAAGAACAGUAGGAGAAGCUUUUGACGAAGCUCUUAAAAGAUAUUAUGAGAGGAAAGCUUCUAGAGGAAUUUAGUAGUGUAGCUAUGUAUUUUAAAAUAAAAUAUUGUUACAUA